AUGGCUCUACAACGCAGCACUGAAAGUGAAAAUAGAAGGCAACAAAGACUUGGACAUAACAGGGAGAGGAAUUUCGCUGCAAGGCUGCAUGAAUCAGAAGAAGAGCGAUCCAGUAGACUACAAGAGAACAGAGAGAGAACUGUGACUUUAAGACAAAAAGAAUCAGAAGAAGAACGAUCCAGUAGACUACAAGAGAACAGAGAGAGAACUGUGACUUUAAGACAAAAAGAAUCAGAAGAAGAGCGAUCCAGUAGACUACAAGAGAACAGAGAGAGAACUGUGACUUUAAGACAAAAAGAAUCAGAAGAAGAGCGAUCCAGUAGGCUACAAGAGAACAGAGAGAGAAAUGUGACUUUAAGACAAAAAGAAUCAGAAGAAGAGCGAUCCAGUAGGCUACAAGAGAACAGAGAGAGGAAUGUGACUUUAAGACAAAAAGAAUCAGAAGAAGAACGAUCCAGUAGGCUACAAGAGAACAGAGAGAGGAAUGUGACUUUAAGACAAAAAGAAUCAGAAGAAGAACGAUCCAGUAGGCUACAAGAGAACAGAGAGAGAAAUGUGACUUUAAGACAAAAAGAAUCAGAAGAAGAACGAUCCAGUAGACUACAAGAUAACAGAGAGAGAAAUGUGACUUCAAGGCUGCAUGAAUCAGAAGAAGAAAGGUCAUCUAGACUUGAAUUAAGGCGUUUUAAUAGGUUAGCUGAAACGUCUGAACAUCAGCAAAUCAGGCUUUCUGGAAUUAAAAAUGCUACAAGUGUGUCACGGGCACGUGAACAACUGAGCGAUUUAAAAGGACUUGCCUUUAAUUACAACUCCCUAUACGAUUACUCCAAGCAUCCAAAAGUAGAACUAGGGAAAAUGAAUGUUCAAUGUAGACAUUGUCAUGCUUUAAAAUGGAGGGAAGAAACCCCCGGCAUGUGCUGUUCCAAUGGCAAGGUUAAACUGUCAUCUCUCCAGCCACCACCAGAGCCUUUAAAAUCUCUAAUGUCUGAAAAAACAGCCAAAGCAAGGCAUUUUCGUCAACAGAUAAGAAAAUACAAUUCGUGUUUCCAAAUGACAUCAUUUGGCGCUAAAAAAAUUCAAGAGCCUGGGUUUAUGCCAACUUUUAAGGUGCAAGGUCAAGUCUACCAUUCUAUUGGAUCAUUGUUGCCAUUGCCCAACGAGCGAGCUCAAUUCCUACAAAUAUAUUUUAUGGGAAACAGCAAUGAAGAAGCUUCGCAUAGAAACAUCCUGAUACCUAACACGCAACUUGACAUAAUAGUUGACCUGCAGCAGCUUCUACACCAACAUAACCCUUAUGUUCAAUUCCUUAAAACAAGUUUAGACAAAAUGCCAACUGAUGACUAUAAGGUAAUUAUUAGAGCUGAUAGAGUACCCAGUACAGAACAUCCUAGACGCUUUAAUGCUCCGAUUACUGAUGAGGUGGCCAUUGUGAUGGUAGGAAAUGAAUUUGGAAAACGAGAUAUAGUACUUGAGAGGAGGAACAACACCUUGCAAAGAGUUGCAGAGACUCACAGGUCAUACGAUGCUUUGCAGUACCCAAUCAUCUUUUGGCAAGGUGAAGAUGGAUACCACUUUGGAAUUCCGCAGGUUGAUCCUUUAACCGGAGUCCCUGUUCCAAAGAAGAAAGUGUCCGCAAUGGAUUACUAUGCAUUUAGGAUAAUGCAGCGAGAAGGCGAAGUCAAUCACAUCUUAAUGUGUCAACAUCUUUUCCAUCAAUACAUCGUAGAUAUGUAUGCUAAGAUUGAAAGUGAGAGGUUAUUGUUCAUUCGAUUAAACCAAAAGAAACUUCGAACAGACGAAUAUAUUCACUUGAAAGAUGCCAUUGAAAAUGAUGCCGAUCCAAAUGAAUUAGGUAAAAUGGUAAUUCUCCCUUCUUCUGUUACUGGUAGUCCCCGACACAUGCAUGAAUACACCCUGGAUGCAAUGACAUUUGUGCGUAACUAUGGUCGACCAGAUUUGUUCAUUACAUUUACGUGCAAUCCGGCUUGGUCAGAAAUAAAGGAGACACUAUUAGAUGAACAGAAACCAACUGACCGUCAUGACAUACUGGCACGUGUUUUUAAGAGAAAACUGGCAAAAAUGAUAGAAGUAAUCACAAAAUCGCAAAUCUUUGGUGAAACUAGAUGCUGGAUGUACAACAUUGAAUGGCAAAAGCGGGGCCUUCCACACUCCCACAUUCUCAUUUGGCUCAAAAAUAAAAUAAAACCCACUGACGUCGAUAGCAUCAUCAGUGCUGAGAUUCCGAACCCUCAAGAAGAUCCUCUACUUUUUGAUAUCGUGACAAAGAAUAUGAUCCAUGGUCCGUGUGGAGGUUUUAACAGUAUCUCACCCUGCAUGAUAGAAGGAAAAUGUUCCAAAAAAUUUCCAAGAAGAUUAAUUCAAGAAACGCAAUCAAGUGAAGAUGGAUAUCCAUUGUACAGGAGAAGGAAGCCAGGAGAUGGAGGAUACACCGCGAAAAUCAAGAAACUAAAUGGAAAUAUUUGGCAGGAAAUAAUAAUUGACAACAGAUGGGUUGUUCCUUAUAAUCCUCUGCUAAUUAAAAUGUUUUGUGCUCACAUUAAUGUAGAAUUUUGUCACUCAGUGAAAUCUAUCAAAUAUAUUUUUAAGUAUGUCAACAAAGGUAGUGACCAGGCGAUGUUCGGAUUGCACAAAAGUGGACCAAAUUUGGAUGAAAUUGAAUCCUUUCAAUCUGGAAGAUACAUCAGCUCCAAUGAAGCUGUUUGGCGGAUAUUGGGAUUCUCAAUACACGAACGUCACCCAACUGUGGUACAUCUUAGUGUGCACUUAGAAAAUGGUCAAAGAAUGUAUUUUGAUGCAGCUAGCUUAAAAGAAAAGUUACAGUCGCCACCAAAAUCUACCCUUCUUGCAUUUUUUGAGCUGUGUCAGAGUGAUCCUUUUGCGCAAACAUUGCUUUACUGUGACGUACCAAAAUAUUACACAUGGAAUACAUCCCAAAAAUGUUUCAGUAGAAGAAAGCAAGGUAUUGAUGUCAAAGAUCAUCCAGGAGUAAAAAUGAGUGAUGCCGUUGGACGAGUCUACACUGUGCAUCCAACAAAUGCAGAAUGCUUUUAUCUGCGCAUGCUCCUUCAUGUUGUAAAAGGCCCGACCUCUUUUACUAAUUUAAAAACUGUUGAAGGUGUGGUGUGCCAAACCUUUCGAGAGGCUUGCCAAAGACGAGGCAUGUUAGACAACGAUGAGCAUUGGGAAGCAGCUCUGGCCGAGGCUGCUCAGACAGGGACAGCACAGAGAGUACGCCAUCUUUUUGCUCUUUUGUUGACAACAUGUGGAUUAUCAAAUCCACUUGAUCUUUGGGAAAAGUAUAAAAAUGCACUGAGUGAUGACAUACUUCUACAAAAGAGAAGAGAAAAUCCAGAUAUUCUAAUUGAUUUUUCAAACAUAAUAUAUGAUGAGGCCUUGAUUGCCCUGGAAGACCUAUGUUUAACAAUGGCUGGAAAAGACCUGAAACAUGUAGGCUUAAAAUCACCCGAAAGAAAUGCUUUUUGCAGAGAAUUACUGCGUGAGCGUAGUUUUAAUAUUGAUGACCUUUCCAAUUUCAUCACUGAAAAUGAACCGAAAUUGGUGCCAGACCAAAGAAAAGCAUAUGAUACUAUACAAAAUUUAAUUACUGACAAGAAAGGUGGAAUAGUUUUCCUGGAUGCACCAGGGGGAACAGGCAAAACAUUCCUCAUUAAUCUUCUUCUUGCUAAAGUCAGGCAACAAAACAAGAUUGCACUUGCAGUGGCUUCAUCUGGUAUUGCAGCUACACUCCUUCAAGGGGGUAGGACAGCACAUUCUACCUUCAAGCUACCACUAAACUUGGCUCAUGGUGAUACUCCUGUUUGUGACAUAUCCAAAGACUCUGGCCAGGCAAAAAUUCUUCAGAUUUGCAGUUUAAUAGUAUGGGAUGAAUGUACUAUGUCUCACAAAAGGGCUCUUGAAGCAGUAGAUAUGUUAAUGCAAGAUUUGAAAAAUAGCAAAGCAUUAAUGGGCGGAGUAGUUGUCAUGUUAGCUGGUGACUUUAGACAAACCCUACCAGUAAUUCCAAAGUCAACUCCUGCAGAUGAGCUCAACGCCUGUCUUAAAGCUUCAUACCUCUGGAAGUAUGUCGAAAAAAUAACCCUUAAGACAAAUAUGAGAGUUCAACUUUCUGAAGAUCAAAAUGCUGCUAAUUUUUCUAAACAACUAUUAACAAUUGGAGACGGCAAAGUUCCCAUUGAUUCAAAUGGAUUUAUAAAUUUUCCUUCACAGUUUUGCAACAUAGUCAAGUCUCUCGAAGUGUUAAAAUCUUAUGUUUUCUGUAAUUUACCAGAAAAUUUCAGAAACCAUGAGUGGCUGUGUGAACGAGCUAUUCUUGCACCUACAAAUGACUCUGUUAAUAGAAUCAACAUCGACAUUUUAAACCAGCUGCCUGAUGAUUGCAAACUUUACAAAUCGAUUGACAGUACCUUAGACCCUGCACAAGCUUUAUAUUAUCCUGCAGAAUUUCUGAAUUCUUUGGAACCACCAGGACUUCCACAUCACAAUCUUCAACUCAAAAUUGGUGCUCCGAUCAUUCUCCUUAGAAAUCUUGAUCCUCCAAAGCUCUGCAAUGGAACCCGUUUAGUCAUUAAAAAUCUUUUUUCAAACCUUAUUGAAGGAACCAUUCUGACUGGCUGUGCCAAGGGAGAAGAUGUUUUUAUACCUAGAAUUCCUCUCAUACCAUCUGAUCUGCCCUUUGAAUUUAAGCGUUUGCAGUUUCCAGUUCGGCUCGCAUUUGCAAUGACAAUAAACAAAGCACAGGGGCAGUCACUGAAAGUUGCAGGAAUCAACCUGGAAUCCCCCUGCUUCUCUCAUGGCCAACUUUACGUUGCAUGUUCCCGUGUGGGUUCUCCACGAAAUCUGUUUGUAUUUGCUGCUGAGCACAAAACCAAAAACAUAGUAUAUCAACAGGCUUUAUGUUAA